AUGUCCAGCCGCGAUGCAACGUAUGAGAGCUGGGGCGUCAACGCCCACGAGUUCCGCAAUGGCACGGUCUGCAUUGGCAUCGACCUCGGGACGACCAACUCGUGCGUCGGGUACUGGAAGCUGCACGCCAACCACGUCAAGAUUGUCAACCACAGCACUGGCGACGCGAAGGCCAAGACGCUGCCGUCCGUC